CUAUCGCUCAUCUAGUAGCGAUUUUUCUUAUCGACAGAAAAUAUAUCUAGAAAAUAUAUCAAUUCAUAAAAAUUUACUAGAAUUUAAGUGUACUUUUUGGAUGCAAUGUUAGAGAAGUGCGUGUUGUGUGCAUGAGAGUGAGUGGCAUUGAGUGCGCAAUAUAAAUGGAAUUGCACGGACGCAACGAACUACUGAAGAGAUCGAAUAAAAGCCCACCAACAAUUUCCACUUGGCGACAACGGCGAACGCUGGCGGUGGUGGAGGAGGCAACGACGAGGGCAACGGCGACGGUAAAGCAAAAGCAAACAGAUCUUAAGAAGUAGAAGCAGCAGCAGCAGCACAGCCACAACAUUUGCUGGAAUCGCACAAACUAGAACGAUGUGCGAGGUUUGCGCCGAUUUCCAAAAUUUAUUGGAGCUGUAUGAGGUGCGCGUGGCCAGUUCGGAGCUAAAGUUUCAGCUGCUGCUAAAGAGUGAAAUUGAGACGACAUUCAACUACAUUCAAUCGUGGCCACAGCGUCAGUGUAUGUGCUUAUAUCGGGAUAACAAGAACUAUGAUCGCUUCAAUCUGGUGGUGCAAUCCCUCAUUUGCCUCACAGUGCAACAUUUGAAACACAUCGAUCAUCUGAUUGACAGUUACAAGCGUCUAACGGCCAGUGCAGCACAGGUUGUUGCCCAGGCACAACGGAAACCCGCAUCUGCAUCCGAUAAGCUCGACAAAGAGUCCCACAAUGACAAUGACAACGACGACAGCGAGAACAGUAAGCACAAAGAGUCUACAUCGUCAACAUCGCCGACAUCUUCACGAGCAGGUGAUGAUAAAGCAGCACUCGCUGAAGCCACCGGUGAUGAAGAGAACCGGGCCUCUGGCGAUGGUCCAGGACCACCCAAGAAGCAGCCAUCAACGCCACCACCAGUCCCAGCCCCAGCUCCACCGAUAAGCGGCAAGACGCAUCCACAAUACACUGAAGAGCCAUGGAUACUACCCGAGGUGGAGAAACUACUUGUGCUUGUCUCCAAAGUAUUUCUGCUCAACUUUCCGCUAUACAUUGCCCAUAAGCAUGGCAUGCACUCGCGCUUAGAUGAUCUGCAGGCGGAGGAGGCCCAUCAUCUGGCUCUAAUCUGUGAUCUGCAUGACAACGAUCUUCCCAUUUACCUGCUACGUAAUGUUAGCCUAUUUUGCAACUCGGGCGGCUUUGGCGCCAUGUCACUGUGCUUUGAGCAUCCGGAUUUGCCCGUAUCUACAGCACACUCCAUGACUGCCACAGUAUCGAAUGUGAAGCUCUGGCUCAACUAUCAUUGCAAUACGCAACUAUUUGUACCGUUACGCAGCCGAAUUCUACAAUAUAUGUGCAAGCUUUCCGAUCAGAAUCUCCGCUCAGCUGCCACACGGGCCAUGGCCGACUUUGUGUGGUCCUCCAUGCGUGAUCCACUGGACGUGGCCGUCAACUUUGAUACGGAGGGUCUGGCGCUGGCCUUUAAGUACUUUACAUCAACCACGCUGACAAUGCGACUAGCGGGCAUGGCCCAGAUCAAUGCUCACAUCAAUCUGUUUAACGAAAUCUGCACAACUGAAACCGUCAACGAGGUGGAACUCUUUGGACAACGCAUUGCCAAUUGGCUAACAGAGAAUCAAAUUGUGCAGCAUCUGUUUGGACCAAAUUUGCACGUGGAGAUUGUGAAGCAGGCGCAUGUGCUGCUCAACUUUUUGGCCGUCGAGAAUCAAAUCUCUGAGGAGGACAUCAAGCUCAUUUGGCAGGCAACGCAGUUGAAGCAUUGCUCAAAGACCAUAUUUGAUAUUUUGCCGGCGCUAGUGAAAAAUCUGGCACCACGACCGGCCAUGCAUUUGUAUUCGCUGCUUUGCCGCAUGGAUCCCAAGGAACACACCGAGCAGAGCAUUUACAUAGCAUCCGCAUUGACAAAAUUGAUUUGGACACGUGAUUGUUCGCGCAGUCAAAUGAAUUUAAUGCAAGAUCAUUUGCUUGGCUCAAAUGUAACUGCAUCCAGUUCGGACAGCGGCAGCAUUGAAGGCAGCAACACAGAGGAUGAUCAUGUGGGUGCCGAUGAUAGCAGUAUCGCAAGUGGCGGCGGUGGUGGAGGCGGUGGCCAAAAGAGUCCCGUCGAUGGAGUAACGCCUUGUAAACAGGCCCGUCACAGACGCCACAUUUGCGAUCCCACAACUGAGAAGGCGAAGCAGUUAAGUGGCGAGGACAUGACCAAAGUGGACAUCAAAAACCAUCGCAUCGUUAAUAUUAUCGAUAACACCAGCAGCGAGGAGGAGCUGCAAUCCCGUGCUGCCCUGGAACUGCAGCUUCAUCGCAAGAAGACCAAUAUCAAGCGGCGUCGACCUAAAACUGGCAACAAGCAGCAACAACUAUUGCUGCCCCAUGAGCUGGUCGAGAUCUGGGACGGCGCCGAGGAUGUGCCCAGCAGUGAUGACGCGGAUGCCGAUGGCGAUGGCGAACUGCUGGCGGACAGUGACGAGUGUAGCGAUGGCGCCGGUCAUCAGCUGGUGCCCGCAGCCGUCCUCAAGCAUUUGCACGGCGAGGGACCUUAUAUACGGGCGAUUGCCGAGACGAACAUCAGCGAACUGCUGAGCGGCGCCGAAAAUGACGGCAGCUACUCCUCGCCCAUGAGCAACAAGUCUGAGAAGAAUCUGGCCGACUUUGAUGACGAAGACGUGUCGCCAUGCGAGGAGGAAUUAGCACAGCUUGUCAAUUCCCAUGGCGGACGCGUAACAGCAUCCAAUUGCCGUGAUGUUGCCCCAGCUUUUGCUGCUGCUGCCGCUGCUCUGAUGGCCGCCCAAUCCGCCAUGGCAAUGCAAAAGUCCGGGGAAACGAAUGUUGCUGCUGCUGCAGCGGCUGUGGCUGCCGCGGCUGUGGCCACUGGCAAUGCCCAACAAUCUCUGGCAGCUAUCCGACAACAGGCCAAUGCAGUAGCUGCUGUGGCCGCUGCCGCUGCUGCCAAAUCAAAGUCCGACUCGGACGGGGAUCUGAUGGACGUCAGCAACAAGCAACAGAACUCACCCAAGGCAAGCAGCACAGCAUCGAGCAGCAAUCAGCCUUCGUUUAAGCUCAACGAUGUCUGCCAGCCGGGAAAUACGCUGCUUUGGGAUUUGCUGCAGGACGACAAAAUUGGUCAACUGGGCGAAUCUCUGGCGCUAGAGGCUGAGAAGGCACUUGCGACGCUGCUGUGCUUCAGCAUGGAUCGCCAGCUGCGCACAAAGUUCAUUGAGGGUUGUUUGCAGAACGUGGCCAGCAAUCGCAGUGUGAUCGUUAGCUUGAGAUUGUUGCCAAAGCUGUUUGCAUCAUUCCAACAGUUUCGUCCAUCGGACACACAUUCAAUGACACUGUGGGCGGAACGUAAUCAUCGCAUGAUGCAGUGCUUCUUCAACAACAUUCGUCACUAUGCCAGGCGACAUGCGGAGCUGUUGAUCAAUCAGAAUGGAGAGCAGCAGCAGCAACACUUGGGCCUACAACUGUAUUCGCACAAGACGCAGGUUUCCGUCAGAUUGCAGUUUCUAUCAUCGAUUUUCUCAUCCGUCGGUUCGCCCAAGAACUUUCGCCUGACGCUGGAGCAGCUGGAUGCGCUCUGGGAGUGGCUAGCACAUGAUCCCGAGUGCUCUGACUGUUACUUCUCGUGGCUGCAGGCUCAAACAAAGGGUGGCGAUCAACAUGCCCUUGGCAUUGAUGCACUGCAGCAUUUGUAUUUAAAGAAAUUACCAGAGCUACGUCCAGAGGAGUUCUCCAUGGUGGCAUUGGGUCUGUUCCAACAACUCUGCAGCUUCGCACGCAUCGCCAUGGCCGAGUAUGAGAAGCACAGUGAUGCUAUCACUGCCAACUCCAGUGCUGUGGGAAUGUAUCAUCUCUGGAAGAUUGCACUGCGCGCCCAAAGCAAUGAAGUCUCCCUGGCGGCGAUUCAAUACAUCAACAUGUACUAUAUGGGCCAACAGCUGCGACUGGAAAAGGAGUUUGUCUCCCAGUGUAUGGAUAACCUGGUGCAGGCAGCCACAGCGCUGGAAAGCAUUGAGGAUGAGAACGCUCUGAUGCGCGUGCAACGUGGUUUGUUGCUGCUCAACACACAUCUGGACACAUUCAGGCGGCGCUAUGCCUUCCACCUGCGCCGCUGGGCAAUCGAAGGCAAGGGAAUUGGAUCGCACAGCAAUUUAAAGAACGAGGGCGCUGGUCCACCACUGAGGAUUGUCCUGCAACAGGCGGGUCUAUCCGAGAAGAGUCUGUUGCACAUGCACGCCUGCGAUCUAAUAGCGGAUCUAAAGGCCGAGGUGUCCAAGUGGUGGGAGAGUCUACAGUCGGGCAUGGCAGCUCCGGUUUUGGGUCUGCUACUAAGCGAUGGUCCACUGAGGAUAAUUACCCAAGGACAGGAGCUAACAUCGGAUUAUGAUGAGCGGACGCUGGGCGACGCGGGCUUCAAGGACAAUCAAAUUGUAUAUGUCUCGCUGGGCGGACGUGGAGCAAGGCGAAAGGAGACGAAUGUGGAGCAUCCAUCGAUGUUGCCGCCUCCGCCCAAGGAAUGCCUGCCGACAGUGUUGCUCCUGCAGCCCAAGUACUUUGAGAAACUCUUCUGUCUGAUGCAGACGCUGGGUGACAUGAAGCCCCAAUCUUCGACGGUGCAUCUGCAGCAUCACACAAAGGCGCAGCUCUUGUCGCGCCGUGUGUGGGACAUAUUGGCCAUGCUGCCCACGAAUCCCCACAUUCUGGACGCAUUCAAGAAUCUGGUUAACGAUCUCAGCGAGCUGCAGCAACUGGACGCUGCCGGUGAUCAGGAGCAAUUGGCCAAUAAACGCAAGCAAAUCAAGCAAAAGUUCAAUGAACUCCUUGACCCCAGCAAUCUGCAAAAGUUCAUGUACUCACUGCACAUCGUGGAGAGUUUGGCAUUAAGCAGUGGACCACGUCAAGUAAAUGCCGGCGGUGCUGGCUCCAAUGGCAACCUGGUCAUCACUGAGCAGCCGCGUUCCAAGAAGAGCACCAACAGACGCCACAACAGCAACGAGCAGCCGGCGGAACCGAAACGCAGCAGCAGCAGCAGUGAUUGCAGCAAGGAUCAACUUGGAGGCGGUCUUGAGAUGGAGUCCACUCUGACAUCGACGCCACGUUCUGGCAGCGAUGUGGAGGUCAGUGAAUUGGCCAGCGGUGGCGACAAAGAGAAUCAACCGAAGCAGAACAGUAAACGGCACAAGAAGACUACCACCACCAGCAGCAGCAGCGAUGCCAUGGAUCAGGAGCGUCCAUUGGGCUGUGCCACACCACCGUUACCCUCGCCAGCGGCAACGCCGACAACCACAACCACAAUACAAACCGCACCAGUGCGCAGUGCGUUGCUGGGCGAGAGCAGCAAGUGGAGCGAGGCGCUCAUCAAGUGUGGUGGACUGCAGCAUCUCUAUGACAUCUUUAGUGGCGGGCAACUGCAGCAGAGUGCUCAUGCCAAGGAGCUGGCGUUGAAUGAGUGGCGUCACGACUGUCUGGCCAGCCUGUUGCGCAUUCUUUGGCUAUUGGGAUUCGAGGAGUUGCAGACACAAGAUGUGCAUGUGCUGAUGUCCCGACCACAUGCAUUCAUGCUGCAGCUGAUGGAGGUGCCACAGUGUCUGAAACGCUUGUCCAGCAUACUCAACGAUGAGGUGCAUCAUCAUUUGUCGGGCGGUGCCACCUCAUUGCUGUUUCCCUAUCAAUUCCAUCAGCUGCGCACUGGCUUCUGGGGACGCGCUCAACUCGUACAGUUCACCAUGAACAUUCUGGUGAGCUUUGUUCAUGCCUCGUCGGAGGCACGUCGUUUGCUCUGGUCGCAGCCGGAACAAUGCACCUGGCUGCAGAAGUUUAUACUUGAAGAUCCGGAGCCGGCGGUGCGUCGCGAGAUCUGUGCCGGUCUCUAUCGCAUCUGUUUGGGCAAUGCUCAGAGCUAUCGUCUGCUGUUGGCACCGUUGUUGCACAAGCUGAUCGCAUUGUUGCCGCGUGCCGAGCAGAUGAGCUCAUCGGUGCAGCACACACAGUUUCUGCUAUCCGAGGAGGGCAAGGAGCCGUAUGGACCUGCUUGCCGGGAUUACUUCUGGCUGCUGGCGCGACUCGUUGACACCCUGACCACCGAGAUGGUGGCCGAGGAACGCAUCGAUAUCGAGCUGCUCUGCGAGAGCAUUUCCGAGAGCAUUCUCAGCCGCGACUAUCAUGAGCUGCGUCAUGGCUACCAGGAUGACGGCUUGGUGGGUCUACUCAAUCUCAUGUCCAAUCUGAUCAAGUACGACACCAGCUACAAGUACAGGCCCAAGGCAUUGAGCUUCAUUGAGCAGCUAAUCGAGUUUCUCUUUGAGAUGCCCUCGCCGUUGAAUCGACAGAAACCCAAAUGCAAAUCGGCCACAUCCCGUGCCGCUGCCUACGAUCUGUUGGUGGAACUGUGCCGUGGUUGUGCCACCAAUUACAGCUAUCUGCACGGUCGAUUGCUGGCACAGCACAAGUCUGGACCAAAGCAGCCGUAUCCUUGGGAUUAUUGGCCACGCGACGAGGGACGUGCCGAGUGCGGUUAUGUGGGCCUCACCAAUUUGGGUGCCACUUGCUACAUGGCUUCAUGCAUACAGCAUCUCUACAUGAUGCCCCAAGCACGUGCGGCGAUUUUGCGACUCCCACCUGCAGGCGCCCAGAAACAUGCUCCCACAUUGUUGGAACUGCAACGGAUGUUUGCAUAUCUGCUGGAAUCGGAGCGUAAGGCGUAUAAUCCGCGCAGUUUCUGUCGUGUCUAUCAGAUGGAUCAUCAGCCGCUGAACACCGGCGAGCAAAAGGAUAUGGCCGAGUUCUUUAUUGACUUGGUGUCGAAGCUGGAGGAGAUGACGCCAGAUUUGAAGCAUUUGGUAAAGCGUUUAUUUUGUGGCACCUUAAGCAACAAUGUCGUCUCACUGGACUGUGGCCAUGUGUCACGCACCGCCGAGGAGUUCUACACGGUGCGUUGUCAAGUGGCAGAUAUGCGCAAUCUUCAGGAGUCGCUCGAUGAGGUGACCGUCAAGGAUACACUUGAGGGCGACAACAUGUACACUUGCUCGCAGUGUGGCAAGAAGGUGCGUGCCGAGAAGCGAGCUUGCUUCAAGAAGCUGCCACAGAUUCUCUGCUUCAAUACGAUGCGAUAUACCUUCAAUAUGGUCACCAUGCUGAAGGAGAAGGUCAACACACAUUUCUCGUUCCCCUUGCGUCUCAACAUGUGCCACUAUGUCGAGAAGACACUGAUGCCGCAGCAGUACAAGGAAGAUCGCGAGAAGCGACAGCGGGAACGUGAACAACAACACGAGGAUCUGGGAGCUGAGAAUGAAAAGGCUGAAGCCACACUGGACGCUGACAUCGAAGAGUGCUAUGAGUACGAAUUGGUUGGCGUCACUGUGCACACUGGAACUGCGGACGGCGGACACUAUUACAGUUUUAUCAAGGAGCGCACGAAAAGUAAUUAUCAUCCGCACGAGCGUUGGUUCCUCUUUAACGACGCGGAGGUCAAACCCUUUGAUCCCUCGCAAAUAGCAGCCGAAUGCUUUGGUGGCGAAAUGACGAGUAAAACCUACGACUCGGUGACUGAAAAGUAUUUGGACUUUAGCUUUGAGAAAACCAACUCGGCCUACAUGUUAUUCUAUGAGCGUCGAUUGCCGGAGCAUCUGCAGCGUCGACACUCGGAGUUGCUGGCGACACCAACGCCAAGUCCCACCAAUGAGGAUAAGCCGGAAACGGAAGUCGAGGCGAUAAUAAAGCCAGACAAAUGUGCUGCAGAAGUGCCAGAGCCAACGGAGACUGCGACUUCUGAAAAUGAUGUUGAGAAGCUGAAGGAGACGAAACAAACCGAUGCUGAGGAGAAUAUAGAGACAAAAGAAAAGUCCCUUGAGAGACUAGACAUGGAGGAGGAGCAAAUAACAGCCAAUUGUGAUAAUUUUAAGUCGAAUAACAACAAAGAACCGCAGGCGUCAACCUCGAAGGCGGCCGUCGUUGCGGAUGCCAAAGGGUCCAUAAAACAACUACAACAGCAACAACAACAACAGCAGCAGCAACAGUUUCGUCCAUUGUUAAGCAAGGAGCUAGAAGAUUGGAUUUGGCAGGACAAUCGACAGUUUCUGCAAGAUCGCAAUAUCUUUGAGCACACCUAUUUCAACUUUAUGUGGCAGAUUUGUGGCCACAUACCACAGACAUUAAUCUCGGAAACAGAUGUCACCUGCAUGGCCGCCAAGCUGUCCGUGUCAUUUUUCAUUGAAACCUUCAUACACGCCAAGGAAAAGCCCACAAUGGUGCCUUGGGUGGAGCUGCUGACCAAGCAAUUUAAUGCCAGUGAAGAGGCCUGCGAAUGGUUUCUUUCGCACAUGUCGGUUGAACCAUUUUGGCCAGUCCAAGUCUUAAUUCAAUGUCCAAAUCAAAUGGUUCGUCAAAUGUUUCAACGGCUGGUUAUUCAUGUCAUACAGCGGCUGCGUGCUUCCCAUGCCGAUCUCUAUCUGGGCGUGGAGACCGACGAGGAUGACAGAGAGGUGAUUGGCCAGGCAUCAUGUGUAACCCGCUUCAUCAGUUCGCUAAUUUCGCUGCUGGAGCAUGGAGCACGCUCCCAUCUGCGCCAUCUAUCAGAGUACUUUAGUUUGAUGUGCGAGUUCUCGCGCAUGGGAGAUGAGGAGGCCAUGUUUCUGUUGCGCAUUGGCGUACUAAAGAAUUUGGUUGACUUCUAUCUGGGCCAUAAGCAAACAGAUAGUAUCGACAUAAGCUCAGACAACGAGGACAACUCUUCGGACGAGGCGCUUUCCGUUGAAAAAAUGCGUCCAGCAUCGCUAGAUAAGAUGAUUGCACUGUGUGCCAGUCUCGUGGAGCGUUCUCGUGGCACGGACUUUCGGUUACGUCUAUCGCCCAAAGACUUCAAUGCUAUUGCCGGUGGAAAGGGCUUUCCAUUUUUGUAUCAGCAAAUAAAGGACGGCAUUAAUCCGCACCAGACAAAGCAUUUAAUCCACGCGCUCUGUCGUUGGGAUGAUCGUUUGGCCACUCAGAUAAUCAGUAUGCUCUUUGCGUCCGUCACAAAACACACGGAGCUCUGUGCACCGUUCUUCAAGCUGCUCACAUUGCUGACGGAGACACAGGGUGGUCCUGUUGGGUUGCCCUGUUUCACACAACUGGUGCUGCCGCGGAUGUGGGAUGCUGCCGAGUACUGUCCACAGUCUGUCCUCGACUGGCUGUCGCUGCAGGCCACCAAGAAUAAGAUAGCGCAUGCCUGGAUACUGCAGUCGGCAGAGCAGUGGCUGGAACAGUUUCUGCUCGCACACGACAACACCCGCGUGAGAAAUGCUGCUGCCUGUUUGCUGGUGGCUCUGGUGCCGUCACAACCGUUUCGUGCCAACUUUCGGGCCCACUCGCAACACAAGUUGUUGGCCCUCAAUCCGCACAGUUAUCGGGACAUCAACAGCGAUGCCCAAGUGGUGCUGCAUCAGGUGAUCACAUUGUUGCUGCGUCUGUUGCGUCCGGCGCGUGUUUAUGCGGACAUUGGAGCACAUGGCACCACCAAGCUGACCGCUUACUUUAAUCUACUCAGCUACUGUAUGGUUUCAAAGACUGAAAAACUAAUGAUAGGUUCGUUUAUGCGCUCCCUGUGGGAGCUGUUCCAUCCGCGCCUCUCUGAGCCCAGCGUUCCGGCGCAUCACAACAAGCAUGCACUUCUCACAUUCUGGCAUCAUUCGCUAGUCGAUUGCCCGGAAAACGCGGCCCAGGUGGCCAACUGUCCGGAGAUAACGCGCAACAUUGCAUUUAACUAUAUACUUGCCGAUCACGAUGACUCGGAGAUUGUCACGUACAAUCGCUCCAUGCUGCCAGCCUACUAUGGACUAUUGCGACUAUGCUGUGAACAGAGUCGAGCCCUCACCCGACAGCUGGCACAGCAUCAGAAUCUGCAAUGGGCCUUCAAGAACAUCACUCCACAUCCCACACAAUAUGCGGCAGCUGUCGAUGAGCUGUUCAAAUUGAUGGCAUUGUUUGCCACCCGCCAUCCGGAUGCCAGUGAACAGGAGAAACUCGAUGUCAUUGCCUUUAGACGCUCCGUUAUUGUAUCCUACACAAGCAGUCUGGAUGCACGGGUCUCCUGGUCCACGCUUAUCAGUGCUCUCAAAAUACUCGUGGACAACGACGAUGAUCGCAUGCUGGUCAUCUUCAAUGGCGGCAUUGAGAUGUGCUUUGAGGCGCUGCACACGCUACAUUCCAUGCACCACGAGGCCACCGCCUGCCAUGUGGCUGGAGAUCUUCUAGAUCUGCUUGGUGAGAUGGUGCUGCUGCUGGCCACGUUGCGCAUGCGCACCGAUAAUCCGGCGCAAAAGAAGCAGCAACAACAGCAGCUGGAGCAGCAACUGCAACUGCAGCAGCAACAGUUGCUGCAAAAGCAACAACAGACGCAGUGCACCCAAGCGCCACAGACGCCUCAGCAGAAGGAGAAGCAGCUGCAACAGCAGAUGCAACAACAUCUUCAAUUGCAACAAAUGCAAUUGCAGCAACAGCAUUUCCUGCGUCAACAACAUCAACACUCGGCGCUGGCAAAGGCGCUGCCCGAUGCCAUCAAGCGUCUGGCCACGCUGCUCAACACAUUCAACUCACCCGAGAUCAGUCGCAUGGCCUUGGAGGUGCUCAAGGAACUGGUGCGCAACACCAGCCUGGAGGCCACCAGUAUCUUAGCACCCAUUCUGAUCAACUGCCAUCUGUCAGUGGCAAAUGCACCCAAUGCUAUUGGACCCUUGGGUCCAUAUUUUCCACGUCGCGGUGCCAAACAGACACCCUGGCCUCAGGGUGCCAAGAACUCGCCGCGUCCUCCUCGACCCAUGGUGCAAAUGUGCAUUGCAUUGUCAGAGCUGACUCCGCGUGGUCUCGAUGUCGAGUACGAUGCUCUGGUCGAUGGCUUCUACAGGCCAUAUCAUGACUUCAUCGAUGUCAUGCUACGAAUGUGCAUCAACACGGGAUCCCUCAACGACACGCUCGUCAAGUUGCACUGUCUGGUGGCCAUUGAAUCGACACCGCUGCAUUUCAACUACUUUCCCAAAUUCUGGGUGGGCAUACACAACAAUGCCUUGACGCACAAAUACUCGGAACUGCUUGUGAAAAAUCAGCUGCUGAUAGAGUAUUUGCAUAAUGUGCUGAGGGAUGAGCGGAGUAUGCUGAAGGAUGCCUUUGUGCGGGAAUUUUUGGAGCUGUACUAUCAUAAGGUAGCAGCCCAACUGCCGGUUGCUCGCAUGAUCUACACGAUCAACUAUGGCAUGCACUCAAAGGAUGACAUCGAUGAGCUGUGCGGCGAUCUCUUUGCCAUACGAAUCAUUGCCCAGGCCACUGGGGUCCCGACAUCCGUGCGCAAGGAGCUGCGCGGAUCAUUGAGGGCACUGCUCAACAAAAGCGAACGCUUUAAGAAGGAUGCAGAGCGAGAUCAAUUUCCGAACAAGAAGCUAAAACGGGACUCUAGCAAGGACAAGGAGGAGACACAAUCGGCAGCCCAGUCCGAAGCGGAGACCACAGACAAUUCGGGAGAAAGCAAAGAGAAUGUCGAGGCAGUCGAUAAAGCCAACACUGACGAUGUGUCUAUGGAAAUGCCAAAUCGAGCUGAGGACAAUGCUGCCCCCGCUGCCGCAGCUGCUCCUUCUACUCCUGCUACUGAGACAGUGCCGGCCGCUGAUACCGUGGAUGAGCAUAUGGAGAGUCCAUCAUCUGCAUCCACAUCCGAUAAACUGGAGAAAGCAUCAAUUCCCCCAUCCGACGAUGAAACGGAGCUGGAAGAUGAAUUGGAGCCGACACCCAAGCGAAACAAGAAAUCAGCCAACAAAAAGACCGCACAGGAUCGUCUCAACGAGGAUCGCAAAAGGCGUCUCAGCACUCUGCUCACCAUGGAAUCCUACAUACAAAGCAUUUUCAGCAUCAUUAAACGGGACGCAAAUACAUCCAGUGCAGCGACGAGCAAGGAGCCACCCAGUGAAGAAUUGCCCGUAGAGGCAUCUACAUCAGCUGCAGCUUCAGCGGUUGCAGUUAGGACAAGGCCCAAGGGUGCAUCAACGCCACCAGAGCCCAAGGACGAGCAGGACAGAUACAACAUUGAAAUGGUGAGAGAAAUGUAUCUGCAAUCGCCUCUGCCCAGCAAGUCCAAGUCGAAUGGACAGGACCAGGACCAGGUCCAGAACCAUGAUCAGGAUCAGGUACAGGUACAGGCGAAUAAAUUCGAUGAAUCUUUGCCAGCAACUGCGGCCGUUGUCAAGACCGUCGUUGCCGCAACUGCGAGCAGUUCUGUGGCUGGCGUUGCAUCAACUUCCCAGGCGGCAAGUCCAACACAAAUUUAGUUGUCGUUCAAUGAUUUGCUCAGCAUUUUGUUUUUCGGCAAGCCAUUGGACUGAUGAUGGCCACACGCUUAGGUACUACAUCCGAACAUUUGGCCAAAGGUCAAACAGUUGUACAGAAAGAUUUGAACAACCCAAGGUUGGUGCUGCUUGCUUUAGGCAACUCCGGCUGCUCCACAAACACCACAGAUUUAUGUGGAGUCAACCGAUUUCUAAGCAUAAAAUUUAUACUAAAUUUAAAUUACUCAAACAUAUUUAAUUGGUAAAAAACAACAAACGAAAAUCAAAUAUAUAAAUGUAACUCAAUCCACACUCACCACUACAUAGACACACAUACAUACACGCAUUAAUAAACAUAUAUAAAUAUAUACACACAUAAAUCCAUAUUGUUAGCAAUUAUCAUAAAGGUUACUAUUUUAAGACUUCCAAGAACAUAAAUAAAUUGUCCAAAACUUAAAGCAAAUCACAAAAUUCGCAAUUGACAAAAACAAAAAUAUUAAUGAUAUAGUUAAGUAAAAAGUUUACACACAUAUUCAAAACAAGAACCUUGUUAUGCACUACAAAUUGCCAAAAAAAAAAAAGAAAAGAAAAAACAAAUGGAUUAACAAAUGGGGCAACAAAGUGAGAAAAGUAAUUGAUAAAUGAAAUGUAAAAUGAUACAAUGAAAACUAAGUUGAUAAAACGGCUUACGAGACGCUAAUAUCUAUAUAUGUUGUAGUAGAACCUUUAGAUACGUUUUACGCUGCUAAAUACAUUUGGUUUAGUUUCCUAUCCUGUUCGCUCCUUUCCUAUCCCAUCCAUAUGCACUUGUACUACUUAUAUGUUAGACACAAAUGAACAGAUAUUAUAUAAUUAAUCCACAAUUUUAAAUCGAAGAUGUGUAACAAUUUUCAUUGUAAAUUGCUGAACGAUACGAAGAAUUGCAUAACAAACAUUUCACGUUCUUUAGUUCAUGUGAGAAUUAAUUGUAAUUACGCACAUAAGUCUAGUAAGUUGUCCAUGUGAAACACAAAGGGCAAAGAUAAACAAACAAAUAAAUUAAUUAAAAGAAAAAAAAAAAACAACCCUUUAAAGGACGCAUCAAAUGUUAGUCUUAAGCUACAGCAAACGAUCGAAAUCUUUAAUAUGUAAUGUUGAACAACAAAACAAAAUAAAAAUCAUGAGCAAAUAAUAAUAAAAACAAUACAGCA